AUGGAGAAUGCAGGAAACUGGGUAAUGCCCAACCCUAUCCCAAAGAGCUCUUGGGUUGCGCUCCGUUGUUUGCUUGCGAUUAGACCUCACGAUAGACAAGCCCUAGCAAAGGCGUUCGUCGCCUUCAUGAAGCGUCCAUAUUUCUCCAGGGUUUGGGUCAUGCAAGAGCUUCAUCUAGCCCCUGAGAUCUCGCUUUGUUGUGGCAUGGACAUACAUUCAUUUGACUAUCUUCUGGCUGUGAGUAUGCUGGUAGAUUUCUGGGCCAAUGCCUCUGACUACAGAGAUUCCUUGACUGGCAUCGUCACAUUUGUGGCAAACAUAGCGUCUUGGCAAUCAUGGUACUCACGCCGAGAGGAGUCCUGCUUAUCGUUGCAAGACGACCUCCAUGAUGUUUUGCCUCAACGGGGCUGUCUGACUCUUGCCUCCGGCUUCCGAGGCCGCCGCCGACUGGCAGAGGUGUUAGAGGCCAUGCAGAGCUUCCAAUGUACCGACGCUCGAGACAGGCUAUUCGGUGUUCUGGCUCUGGUAGAUUGGGGCGGUGGUGAGCCUGCCAUACCAAACUAUGAAAUGAACAACUACCAAGUCGCCGUCGAGGUACUGCGCCUGUAUCUUAACAAUCCCGAAACUCAACCACUCUUGAAGAUGGCUGUUAAGUGGCCGCGUCCGCUAUGGGAACUAUUUAACGUCAGUGUCGAAAGAGAGGCAGUAAGAGAGGCGAUAAGGGAGAGAUAUGGUAGCCACAAGAUACCAGGGACGAUACACACAACAUACGAUUUGACCGACCAUUUACGCAUUGGUACAGUCGAGGCUUACUCCAGCCGUCGUGAGAUAAGCCUACUGAACAUGCCAACGCGACCCCCACAUAUUGGAGGCCAUCUACGAGAUACAUGGUACGGAGUGAAGCUGCUUGACAUCGCUGAUCGGGAGAUGACUAACUCAAGGAACCGACCGUCAUACUAUCUUUGCUGUAAAAAGAGUCAUCUCAAAGGUUCUCUCGACUCUAUGCAUCUACUUGUGGAGAUCACAGAUCAAGACGGCUGUUUGUUUGCGUAUGCGCCGGAAGAUACGAGACCGAAUGACUGGCUCAUGAUCAGCCAAGCAGGCUCCUUAAGCGAUGUAGACCCUGAGAUGGCGAUCGUAAGAAGUACGAAUAACGUCCACGGCAUCUACCAUUUGAUUGGCCAUGUGUUCAAGGACCGCAAAUACGCAAAGUUGAUCUUUUCGAUGCUCCAUUGGGACUACUUUGAGUCAAACUGGAGUGCGGAAGAUCUAUUCCUUUUCGAUUGGACGUACAUGAGUCGUCCAGCAGGCGCACUUCCAAGAUUAAAGUCCGAUUGGCAUUCGAAGAUAGUGUCUACCCGUGGAGACUCUUCGUUCUUCUACGGCCCUAUCAUGCACAUUCAGGAUGAUUUUGCGAUGUUGAAGCCCUGA